UGAAAACUGCCAUUGGGUAGGAAGUUGGGUGACACUCCGUCUGCGAUACAAAUCUUCAGAUGCCGCUUAAACGCUCUGCAGAUCGCCCGAUGUUGGUGUGAUAACAACCAGAGACGAUGAAAAGGUUAAUUAAGAUGGCUGAUUUUGCAGUUCACACGUGUGGAAUAUUUUUGGAUUACAGCAGAAAGACUCGUUUUCUCCCCUGGGACUAGAAUCGGUGUUGUGGGUGACCGUCUCCUCUGCCAACAGCCUGCAGCUUUAAGUCCUUUUUUCCACACUUUGCUGAGAUGAUUACGUUCUUUUACAUCGUGAUUGAAGUAGUGAUCGCUGUUCUUUCCGUUUUCGGCAACGUACUGGUGUGCUGGGCUGUUGCGAUCAACACCACUCUGAAGAACGCCACCAACUAUUUUCUGGUGUCUCUGGCUGUGGCUGAUAUUCUCGUCGGUUGCCUCGCCAUCCCCUUUGCCAUAACCAUCAGCAUCGGCAUACCCCUGGACUUUUAUGGAUGUCUCUUUCUUGCCUGUUUUGUCCUGGUGCUCACUCAGAGCUCCAUCUUUAGUCUUCUGGCUAUUGCAAUUGAUAGAUAUCUAGCCGUCAAAAUCCCUCUGAGGUACAAGGAGCUGAUGACGGGUAAAACUGCCAGAGAGAUCAUUGCUAUUUUAUGGAUUCUCUCCUUUAUUAUUGGCCUCAUCCCAUUCUUUGGAUGGAACUUGAAGUCUAAGAAAUGUGGUAACAGCUCUGAGACAAGCAGCACUAUGAACGCUAGCAUCACAGCAGCGCCGAGUGCCAUGGGGGACUUGCCACGGAGCUGCAAGCUCACGUGCUUGUUUGAGAGCGUGGUAGACAUGCAUUACAUGGUGUACUUUAAUUUCUUUGUCUGCGUGCUGCUGCCACUGCUCAUCAUGCUGGGCAUCUACCUGAAGAUAUUCAACGUGGCCAGAAAGCAGCUGAGGCAGAUCGAGCUGAAGUGCGUGGGCAACGGCGACAGCCAAAAUCACGGGUUGCUGCAGAAGGAAAUCAGAGCUGCCAAAUCCCUCUCCAUCAUUGUGGGACUGUUUGCCAUUUGCUGGCUGCCUGUCCACAUCCUUAACUGUGUCACGCUGUUUUACCAGAAGCUACAGCUGGAGGUUGUCAUGUACGUGGCCAUCAUUCUGUCUCACGCCAACUCUGCAGUAAACCCCAUCAUCUACGCUUACCGAAUCAGGGACUUUAGGGUCACAUUCCGCAAGAUCCUGAGCCCCUUUACAUGCAAAAAGGAGAAGUCCCUCAGCUCCAAUGGCAGCAAACGCAACAAAGACCAAAUCAACAUGACCAUCGACCCUCUGCUAUAGGGAACCGUACAGAACGAGUAUUAUCUGUGUCAACUGUUGUUUUAGUCUUGAUUUUCCCAGAGUUUUCUAAUGUUUACAGAACAAUGGUAUGAUGUGUGAAGAUGUCAAACGCGCCUUGAAUGUGGACAUUUAUUUAUCAACAGUGCAAAGUAUCAGGGGUCAAGCAAUGACAUGUUUCAUAGCAAGUCUUACAAAUCUUUUCUAUUGUGAAGGAUACGUAUAUGUACAGUUAAGCCCAUAAUUAUUCAUACCCCUGCCAAAUUUUGACUUAAAGUU